AUGGGCAUCAAGGUGGCUCAGUCCAAUCAAGGCAUAUUUCUUUCCCAAAGAAAGUAUACACUUGACAUCCUUGAAGAAGCAGGUCUUCUUGGAGCCAAACCUGCUGCAUUUCCUAUGGAGCAAAAUUUAAAGCUCAAUGUUAAUGAUGACACAGCUCUCAUUGAUCCUAGCUCCUACAGAAGACUUGUUUGGCAUCUCAUAUACUUGACCAUCACAAGACUAGAUAUUACUUUUUCAGUAAAUAUUUUGAGCCAAUUUAUGCAAACACCACGCCAACCUCAUAUGGAUGCAGCACUCCAUAUUCUUCGGUAUCUCACAUCCAGCCCAGGGAAAGGCAUUCUCUUGCCAUCAUCCAACAAUUUCCAAUUAUUUGGGUAUUCUGAUUCAGAUUGGGCCAGCUGCUCUACCACUCAUCGAUCAGUAACUGGUUUAUUGUCCUUUUCUUGGAGAGAGCCCUGUAUCAUGGUGCACAAAGAACAAUCAACAGUCUCCUGUUCAUCUGCCAAGGCUGAAUGUAAAGCCAUGGCCACUACAACAUGUAAACUAGUGUGGCUUAAACCUCUUCUCCAUGAUCUUGGUUUUGCACAUUUGCAGCCCAUGCAUUUGUAUUGUGAUAACCAAGCUACCUUGCACAUUGCUUCCAAUCCAGUCUUCCACAAACCAUGA